GCCCUCAUUCCUGCUGUCACCCGUUUUGUGCCCUUGCAGUCACAGUUCCCCGGGUUUUCUUGCUCGACCUUGUACCGUAGCCAGUUGACUGGUCAGCACGACCUCAGUCAGCCCAGCUUGAACAGUCUGCCAUGGCCAACGAGGCUCGCCCUUGCCCGUGCGACAUCGGCCACAGGUUGGAGUAUGGGGGCAUGGGGCGCGAGGUCCAGGUGGAGCACAUCAAGGCUUACGUCACCCCAGCUCCCGUGGACACGGGCAAGGCCGUGGUCGUCAUCCAGGACAUAUUCGGCUGGCAGCUGCCCAACACCAGAUACAUGGCGGACAUGAUCGCAGGCAAUGGAUACACAACUAUCGUUCCGGACUUCUUUGUAGGGCAGGCGCCCUGGGAUCCCUCUGGAGACUGGUCCACCUUCCCUGAGUGGCUGAAGACAAGAAAUGCCCGAAAGAUAGAUAAAGAGGUGGAUGUUGUCCUCAAGUACCUGAAGCAACAGUGCCACGCCCAGAAAAUUGGCGUCGUGGGGUUCUGCUGGGGUGGAGUCGCUGUCCAUCAUGUGAUGAUGAAAUAUCCAGAAUUCAGGGCAGGGGUAUCUGUCUAUGGCAUCAUCAGGGACUCGGACGACGUGCACGGACUGAAGAACCCCACACUCUUCAUCUUCGCGGAGAACGAUGCCGUGAUUCCUCUCGAGCAGGUCUCGUUGCUGACCCAGAAGCUGAAAGAUCGUUGCAAAGUGGAAUAUCAAAUUAAAACAUUUUCCGGGCAAACUCAUGGCUUUGUGCAUCGGAAGAGAGAAGACUGCGCACCUGACGACAAGCCCUAUAUUGAUGAGGCAAGAAGGAAUUUACUUGAGUGGCUGAACAAGUACAUCUAACCAUGGCCAAGUGCCAACUCACAACAGCUUUCAUCCAGAAAUUUGCCUGAAGUACUUCAUGAUUUAAUUUUCACUUCAUGUAAAAUAAACCAAGGAAUCCUGAAAUUCACUUUCAUCCGAGAUAUAAGUUCAGUAGGAAAUAUUAAUGUAUGAAAUAAUUUAAUUUUUAAUACGUGCCUAAAUAAAAGAUAUUAAAACAGGCCCGUAGUGGAAGAAUCUAAACGCGAGAGUGACACGGUGAGCGCACGCCCAGGGCCGCGCCGGAGCCGGGGUGGCCCUCCUGCCUUGCGCUGGGCUCCUCCUUGGACUGCAAAGCCCAGAACAUGAACUGUAAACUCAGGUGGGGAAAAGCCAACUUGAUUAGAUGUGUAUUUUGUCCUCCUGCGGAUGAAUUUGCUACGGCCACAAAUGGCACCGUGAGAAAUGCUGAGCUGAAAACCUGGCAUCCAAAUGACCUAAUUAUUUCAAGCUAACAAACUUAAUUCUGAGUCUUAAAAUGUAUGACUUUAUCUAAAAGCUAAUUAAAAAUG